AUGACCAACGCCUCGACUCCCCCAACCACCAUUCGGACGCCGCGUGCGAAGCGAGUCUCUAGAGCGUGUGAUUACUGUCGCAAGAAACGACGUCCCUGCUUGAACUGCCAACUGUAUCACGCCGAAUGCACCUCAAAUGACCGAAGACGGCGCCCUGCCACCCAGAUUGCCCGAAGAGGCGAUGAAUCAUUCCAUGAUGCUGAGAUUGAGUCUCCUUCUGCUCCUGCCAUCCAUGUCAGCACUUCAGCACUCAUUCCAUCACCCUCGAGCGUAGGACUUUCUCUUCCCUCAACUGUUGACGUGGACGGUACCUUUAACACCAAUUUGCCGCCGCCGCCAUGGUCCCAAGAAGAGGCUUUUGAGGAUCAUAGUAAUACUAAUGACUUUGGUAAUGCGCUUCUUCAGCUUGGAAUUGGUGUUUCCUCAAACUUCUGGGAGCCAGACCAGGGGAUGCUCGGCGACAUACCUGACGUCGAUCCAAGCCUCAUGGACGCGUCAGCAGCAAAUGCGCCUCCAACCCCCCGAAUCACGUUAAGCAGUGCUCAAAAUGCAUUUCUUCCCUUCCAAGACUCUCCUUCCCUUGCGUCCCAAUCCACCGUAAGUUCGGCCAAUGGCAAGGUGUCGAGCAUUGAGACUCUGCGUGGAAGGGAUCCGAACGACGCGAGUUUGCAAGGUUCUGUGCCUCCAGGCGUCUUCAUUCGCAAGAAUGAAACUGUGGCUAAUUACAUUGGCACGACUUCGAUUGGCGCAACUCUGGCCUUGUGCCUAAAGGAUGCCCUUGAGAGCCAACAGAUUCCUCUAAGUCCUCGUUCUCUCGGCUUCCUCAUAGAAGCAGGCCCCUUUGUGGACGAGGUUGGCCUGUCUUCCAUGUUUAAUCUCCCAACACAGGAUCUCUCUCCCCAAGAUGCAGCGCUGCGGAGUAUAGACGCAUAUUUCCAGAACCUCAAUAUGUUCUAUCCUAUUCUAGACGAGGAUUCCUUCAGAGCAAGGUUUCUAAUGUUUUAUACAUCUGAUCGUUCACAGCUUGAUUUCGUCGACUACUGUAUAUUUUACCUUGUAGUGUCAAUAGGGGCGUUAAGUGACAAGCACACCUCCGAAAAUGCCGUCGGUAUUGAUCAACUUGCCGCAUCGACAUAUCAGCUAGCUUGGUCCAUGAUGCACGACUCGAUUUCAUCACCUUGCGAGAUCUCGAUACAAAUUCUUCUACUGCAUGGCUGCAUCGAGAAAUCCCCCAGGAAAUGGAUUUACCUGAACCCCAGCUGGAACUUCGUUCUCGGCUUUGGUGGAUGUCUCUCGUUAUCCCAAGGGCGACCAUGCGGAAUUAUGAACGCUGCAUUCGAUAAAGAGAUAGUCCAUCAAGAUGUAGCCAUGGACGUCGACAGCUCGUUAUUUCCCAGCUUUCCACAGAUCUACUUUUGGACGCACCAAUUCAACAAGGUACAGAACAGAUUUUGCACCUUGAUGCACUUGAAGAAUACAGCUGCUGCUAGACUUGAAUCCAUCGUCAAGGUGGAUCAAGACCUUGCGGCCUGGAGGGAUGCAUUGCCUCCCGUUUGCCGUCCAAAUAACAUGAUAUUGGUGUCACCUGACAAAUAUUCAAAUGUGUUAUUGAUGCACUUGGAAUAUUUUAAUUUACUACGCGCCAUUCACUGGGCGGUUAUAACUUUGAAGUCGAGUCAUAACGGUAUCUCAGAAAGACUUGACUACCGCCUCCGAGCCAGCGAGGCUUUAUGUGUUGAAGCCGCGCGAUCAUUCAUUAAAUGUUUGAAUGAUAGCUUGGAAAAUCCGAAAGUGAGGAAAGUAUUUGUCAUUAGUUUCCAAACCAACAAUUAUAUGGUGGCCAUCAGUACUCUAUAUCGCUACAUAUUGAGAAAUCCGUCCAAGAUCUCAACACGGGCCGAUCUCGAACACUUGCGUGCAGGGAAAAUUCACUUGGAUCGUGAUGCACAUAAGAAUUUCGCCAUUCCGGGGGCGAAGGCCCUGUUUAAGAAUAUGCUCUCUUCUGCUCAGGAUCUGGUCUGGAAAGGCAAUCCUUCUCCUGCAGGGGGUGAAUAG